AUGAAUAAAAGAUACUUACAGAAAGCAACAAAAGGAAAACUGCUAAUAAUAAUAUUUGUUGUAACAUUGUGGGGAAAAAUAGCAUCUGGGGCAAACCAUCACAAAGCUCAUCAUGUUAAAACGGGGACCUGUGAAGUGGUGGCUCUCCACCGGUGUUGUAAUAAGAACAAGAUAGAAGAAAGAUCACAGACAGUGAAGUGCUCCUGCUUUCCUGGGCAGGUAGCAGGUACCACUCGAGCAGCUCCUUCUUGCGUUGAUGCUUCAAUUGUGGAACAAAAAUGGUGGUGCCACAUGCAGCCAUGUCUUGAAGGGGAGGAAUGCAAAGUUCUUCCAGAUCGAAAAGGAUGGAGUUGUUCUUCUGGGAAUAAAGUGAAAACAACAAGAGUGAGCAAACGUGUAAAACCCUUCAAGAACAAGGAGAUUUCUGCUGUGCCUGAUGACAAUUUUUGA